AUGUUCGAAUCUCUCUCCAGUGAAAGUGAUAGCCAAUCUAUCAAACACUUCAACGAAGCUAGAAAGAAGAGAAAACAAAAUGAUUUUGCAAUUUUUGCUUCCUUCUCUGAAGAAGAUGCCGAAACUAGUAAACAUGUUGAAGAAAUGAUUGCUGCCAAAACAUCUAAAGUUGUCGAUCCGAUUCGUGAGUUUGAAAUUCGAAAGGUACAUUUAGUUGGUGGUUCUAGGAAAGCCCUAGCAGUUUUGGAUUUUUAUAUACAACAAAUGCAAUCACAAAAGAAAGAUAUCAUUUCGACAAGUAGUUCCGAAGUUGGUCAAUUGAGUUUAAAGGAAAAGAUUCAAAUCAAGACAUUAAUGUCCAGUGUAUCCAAAGAUUUCAAGAUUUUGACUCACUUGUUGGGAAAUAUUGAAAAAUUACAAAAUACAAAAGAACCAUUCUCUCACUAUCAAAGUGAUUUCAAUAUUAUUGAAGAGAUGGUGAGAAAGGUUGCCAAGAUUGGAGAGGAAUUUACAGAAACUCAGAGAAAUGUUCAAUCGAGAGGAAUAAUUGAUAAGCCAAUAAUGAAAACUCCAGAACAAGCUCUCGAUCCAGUGAGUGAAAUAUUGGAUAUUCGUUUGGGAUUGAAAUAUAUUUUGGAGAAUCGUGAAGUUAAGGAAAAUCAAGGAGUUUUGACCUCAGCAACAACUUCAGCCACCAAUCUAAAGAGUUUGAAUGAUUCAGAUAUUGCCACUCCAAAGAAGAAGAAAAACUCCAAUCAAUACGAACACUAUUUGAGCGAGCAAAUUGGUUUGUUAAAAUGUGAAUAUGAACUAGCUCUCGCCAAUUUUGUGAAAGAUAAUUAA